AUGUUGAAAAUAGAGGUUGAAUCAUGGAUAUGGUAUUCCAUUGCUAUUAUUCUGGUUCUCGCGAGAUACGUUUCGAGAUGGCUUCAAUGGGGCACGCUUAAAGCUUUGAGGUUGGAAGACUAUGCAAUGUUUAUUGUAUUCUUUUUCUACACUACCUUAACUGUGAAUUUGAAUAUUAUAGCCGCACUUGAAAGUAACCUCGUGCCUCCUUCUCAAAUACACCUUCUUUCGCCGGCAUCAAUUCCUAAUCGUAUCCGAGGCUCCAAAACAGCUGUUGCCAUUGAGCAGUCCAUGAUUAUGACAACCUGGGGCUGCAAGCUUUCUUUACUACUUUUAUACAACAAGUUAACUUUUGGCCUAAGCAAUCGAUAUAUAGUCAAGGUAGUGACACUUUAUGUUAUUAUUAGCUUCACGACUAUGGAGAUUCUUUAUUUUGGCGUAUGGUGUCGACCAUUUAAUCAAUACUGGGCUGUGCCAGUAGAAAAUGAUCAAUGCGCUACAAAAUUUAACCACAUGAUUAUCAACGCAAUAUUCAAUAUGUCAUCAGACUUAAUGAUACUUUGUAUUCCUCUACCACUAUUACUAGCUUGCCAGUUACCUAAGGGAAAGAAACUGAUGUUAACAAGUGUUUUCGGCCUCGGAAUCUUUGUUAUCUUGGCCGCUGCCCUCAAUAAGUACUUCUCCUUUUGUGAUCCAUUUUCGCAUGUCUGGGAAAUUUGGUACAUGCGAGAAGCUAGCAUGGCAGUAUACGUUGCAAAUAUGCCCAUGCUUUGGUCUCUCUCACGGCAGCUAUUUGGAUUACAAUCAUUCUUUGGUAGGGCUCUUAGCCCUAAGGAAGCUUUUUUCGAUAAAGCCACCGUAAAUCCAUGUAAAAGCUUGUAUGAAAAUGCCAAUCCAUUUAUGGGCUUUGAAGCUAGCCAUAUCGAUGACCUUGGAAUGGAAGACGGCGACACAUCUAGAACUUCAAAUAGUAUUUGUACCGGGAGAAUCCAGGAAUCAUGCAUUACUUGCAGCGAAAAUAAUGAGAGUAAUUUCCUCACGCUAAGCCCCCCGACUGAGAGUAAAUUGGCAUGUCAUCCAACUAUCACAAGUUAG